UAUAUUUAUAAACUCUGAUUUUUAAUAGAGAAAAACGUCAAGACAUAAGUUUCAUAAAAGGUGCUUAGAAAAAUGGUUUUUGUUAUGAAUUAACUCAUGAAAAAUUGUAAAUUUUGUGUUUUUUAAGUGGCUUUCGAUUUAAAACAAAAUUAAAGAUAGAGUUGAUGCGAUAGUAUGUCGUCUGUGAUCCGAUUUGGCCAAUUGGUUAGUGGUAAUUUAACCACAAUACAACGUCAAUCAGCCCAAAUAAAUAAAUGCCGUCGAAUUUUGAGUGUUGUACCGAUUUGUGGCCGUGAUUCAUGUGACAUACGACGAAACUAUUUCAAUCAAAAUGACUGGCAUGAGAAUCACAAACGAACAUUUCCAUUGGGAUUGAACGUAUUUCAACUAAUUUCGAUUGGGUGUGUUUCUGUUGCUCUUUAUAAUUGGAAAUGGUUCGAUGAGUAUAUAGCUCCCGUUGUCAACGCAGAUGCUGGAGCUGAGCCAAAAUAUUCAUCAGUUGACGAAGACACAACCGACGAUGAAGGUUUAAGCGACGAUCAACAAGUGAGAAAGAAACAAAAACGUGAAAAAGUCGGCUUUCGAGACCGAAAGAUAAUUGAAUAUGAGAAUCGUAUCCGACACUUUUCAACACCCGACAAAGUUUUUCGAUAUUUUGCUACGAUUCAAGUGCCGCAACCGCACGGUGAAAAUGAAGUAUUUAUGACGCCAGUCGAUUUUCUUACAAGUAUGACACCUGGAAUGAAACAACCGGAUGGAUUGGGACUAGAUCAAUACCGGAAAUACGACCCAAAGACCGUGACGCAACGACUCGAGCUAUCAUUAGAGAAGGACAGUAUAUUCUACAAAUUGGGCUCAUAUGGACUCAUUUCGUUUUCGGAUUAUAUUUUUCUUCUCACAGUUUUAAGCACUUCGAGGCGCCAUUUCGAGAUUGCAUUUCGACUUUUCGACUUGAAUGGCGAUGGUGAUGUUGAUUCUUCGGAAUUUGACAAGGUGGCAACCUUAGUUCAGAAACAAACUUCAAUUGGUAACAGACACCGUGAUCACUCAAAUACAGGCAAUACUUUUAAGGGUGUCAAUUCAGCUUUAACGACAUAUUUCUUUGGAAAAAAGAUGGACAAGAAGUUAACGAUUGAAAAAUUCUUGGAAUUUCAACAACAAAUUCAAAAAGAAAUUUUGUCAUUGGAAUUUAGACGAAAGAAUCCAAACGAUGAAAAUAAGAUAUCUGAAAGUGAUUUCGCCGAAUUGCUUUUGGCCUACGCUGGUUUGUCUGAAAAGAAAAAGUCCAAGAAAAUGAAACGAGUGAAAAGACGUUUUAGAGAUCACGGUGUUGGUAUUUCAUUGAAGGAAUAUUUGGAUUUCUUUCACUUUUUGAAUAAUAUCAAUGACGUCGAUACAGCGCUUACUUUUUAUCAUAUUGCCGGAGCAUCAAUCGAUCAGCAGACACUUAAGCACGUCGCAAAAACUGUUGCACAUGUAGAAUUAUCCGAUCAUGUGGUGGACGUGGUUUUUACGAUUUUCGACGAAAAUAUGGAUAAUCAACUUUCGAACCGCGAGUUUGUGGCUGUAAUGAAGAAUCGACUAUUGAGAGGAUUGGAAAAACCAAAAGAUACCGGCUUCGUAAAACUCGUUCAUUCGAUGUUGAAAUGCGCAAAAGAUACCAAACCUGUCCUCCUUGAUAUUUAAAUCGAAAACAGUCUUUUCUCACAUUGAAAUCAUUCUCAUCUUUACCUAUAGCGAAAUUUCUAUUGUUAUCCCUUUUUUCUCGUUUUUUUUUUUUUU